AUGUCCCGCUUCGGGGCUCGUCGGGAAGGACAGACACUGUCGUCCUCAACGGAGGCGAACGAAGGACCAGACUUUGGGGUGCCAAGGGAAAGGAAGGGGGAAGAGGUGGAGGCUCCGGCAGGAGGGAAGAGCCCCGGCGCGGGAGCUGCGGCCGGAGGGUGGGCAUGGGGAGUGGUGUUUCACUUCUUCCUGGUCAACGUCCUCGUGAUGGGGAUGCUCAAGACCUUUGGGAUUUUCUUCGUGGCUUUCCAAGAGGAGGUGGGGGGCUCCUCCGAGCAAGUCAGCUGGAUCGGCUCCAUCAUGUCCUCCCUGCGCUUCUUAGGAGCCCCGCUCGUGGCCGUGGUCUGCAGGAGGCUGGGCGAGCGGCCGACCUCCAUCAUCGGGGCUGGCUUGGUCGGCGGGGGCUGCCUGCUGAGCACGCAGGCCACCAGCGUCCCCUUCCUCUGCGUCUCCAUGGGACUUCUCCUGGGUAUGGGCUUCGCCUGCCUUUACCAGGCGGCUGCGGUGAUGACGGCCAAGCGCUGCAGGACACGGUUGGCUUUCUCCAACGCCAUUGCCCGCUCCGGGAUGGGGCUGACGUUUCUAAUUGCGCCCUUCACUCAACUUCUCAUCGAUUUUUACGGCUGGCAAGGUACUCUCCUGAUUUUUGGAGGCAUCAUGUUAAACCUCGUGCCUUCCAGCAUGCUGCUGCGACCCCUCAGGGCUCGGCCGCCUCAACGCUCCUCUGCUGAAAAUGAAGCCCAUGGGUGUCUAAUGGCGAAGGAGGAUCCAGAAACCCUUGAUGGAUGCUUAGAUGAAACCAAUCCCAGGGAAAUGCAGCUCCGCAGCGCACAGGACCUUCCCACCGCGGAGGGAGUCAUGACACCCCACGGCAGAGAUGUCUCCGGUCCGGUAAAUACAUCGGCUUUGGAAGGGUUUGAGAAACCCCCUGUGGACAACUGCUCUCCAGAAAUAGCCACUGAGGCCAAGAGAAGUUACAAAUCCCUUCCAGCGACCGAAAAAGAAAAUUCACAGCCUCUCCUCGAUUUCUCCCCACUGAAGGAUCCCGUCUUUGGCAUUUUCACGUGGUCUUUUUUGUUCAGCCACUUGGCCUACUUCGUGCCCAUCUUCCACCUGGUAGCCAGAGCCAGGACGCUGGGUAUAAGCAGCAUGGAUGCCUCUUACCUCAUCUCAGUGGCUGGUAUCACGGAGACGCUCAGCCAGCUGCUCUCGGGCUGGAUCGCCGACCAGAACUGGACCAAGAAGUAUCACUACCACGUGGCUUACCUCGUCCUCGGCGGCAUCACGAACCUGCUCUGUCCUCUGGCCACCACCUUCCCCUUACUCAUGACCUACGCCGUGGCCUUCGCCGUUUUCUGCGGUGGGUUCAUGGCUCUGGUCCUCCCUGUGCUGGUGGAUCUAGUGGGUGUGCAAAAACUCCACAGCUAUUUGGGGUUUGCUGCCUUCUUUGCCGGGAUAGCAGCCAUCGGUGGACCUCCUCUAGCAGGGUGGCUGUAUGACUACACCCAGACAUAUGUCUGCUCUUUCCUCUUCGCUGGAGCCUGUGCUCUCAUCUCACCUAUUUCUUUCUUCUUCGAACCUUCGGCCCAGAAAUGGAAGCUAAAAAAAGCCAACCUGAACAAUGACCCCACGGUUGGAUGA